AUGGCAGUGCCCUCGCUGGCCCCACGACCUUCACCCCGUCCCACGGCAGCUUGGUCGCCUCCGAAGCACGUUGGCGAAGGGAAAGAAAAUCGACCUGCCUUGAAACUGCUCCAACCAAGCUCAUCGUCUCAAGCCCGUUCAAAAAGAGAGCGCCCCUGUGAUGCUUGCAGGCGACGUAAAUCCAAGUGCGUUCUUCAGGAAGGUCGUCGUUGCGUCCUCUGCGAGUUUCACAAGCAAGAAUGCACGUUUGUGGAGAACGCACAACCAAGGAAGCGCAAGGCGCAUGAUGCAUCGAAAGCCGAUCAUGCAAUGAAGAAAAGUUCACCCUCCUCCCCCUCCCACCAGCUUCCGGUCUUCACUCCUCCCACUCCGGCUGCUGCUCCACCAAAGCCAAUCUCAGUCGAACGCCAGCCGACGCCGUCAGCUGGCCAGCCCUCGAUGAGGAAGCCUUUUGUUGUUGACGAGUCGCUGAGCUUGCAGCGGCAUCGACAUUGCAAGUACCUUGGUCAGACGACCGCCCUGGAUGCUCGCCUUAUUGGCCUAGGCUCGUUCAACGAGAAGAACGAGACCGAAUCCCAGCUUGGUAGUCUUCGUCAGGUCAGCAGGACCGAGUACUUCAGCACCCAGGAUGAUGCUGAUGUCUCGGUCCCUGACGAUGAGUCACGUGCUCUGGCCGAUGUCGAGCAGGUCAUUGGCUCCCAUGGUCCAGCCUUGAUCGAUAUAUAUUUCCGCAAUGUCCAACCAAGCUAUCCCAUCAUACAGAAGCACGCCUUUCUUGAUCGAUAUCAGCAUGGCGAUCGACAAUUCAAUCCUCCAUUGCUGGCUGCCAUGUACAUGCUGGCAAUGAGAUGGUGGGAUCAAGAUCCUGCCGUCUCUUCACAUCCGAAACCAGAUCUAGCCAGACUGGAGUCUAUCGCCAUCUCAAGUCUUACAGCUGCGAUGCAUCGACCGAAAAUGUCUGCUGUCCAAGCUGGCCUGCUACUUCUGCAGAGAGCCAAGUCAAGUACGUGGACAUUGACAGUUCAACUAGUUGCGCUAGGUCAGGAUAUCGGCCUGCAUCUCGACUGCUCAGACUGGUCCAUACCUCUUUGGGAGAAAAAGCUUCGAAAACGACUUGCUUGGGCGCUGUACAUGCAGGACAAAUGGAGCGCAUUGAUGCACGGCCGACCAUCCCACAUCAAUGCAUCAGACUGGAACGUCCCCAUCCCAACCGACGACGACUUUGACGAAACAAUCCACCCUCUCCCAACCCCCAACGAAGACACCGACUCCCAAGCAUCAAGAGGCCGCACGGUCUUCAUACAAAUGAUCUCCCUAACCUCAAUCAUGUCCGAAGUCUGCACAACAUUCUACAGCGAAUCCGCCAAAACCGAACUCUCCCGCGCCGGCCAAUACGCAACCCAACUCGCCCUGGCCCGCGCCAAACCCGUGCAAAUCAAACUCAGAGACUGGUUCACCAAGCUCCCCGAAACCUGCAAAAUCGACAACUUCACCCCCUCCCACCUCGCCCCGCAAGGCUACCUGCACCUGGCCUACUUCGCCACAGAAAUCAGCAUCCACCGCCGCAUCGUGCAGUCCCUCGACCCGGCCACCACAAACCCGUACAUGCUGUACAUAUGCCGCUCGGCGGCGAAGACGCGUUUAAUCUCCGCGCUCGACUUUGUGAAUCGCCUGAAACCCGAACAUCUCGAUGCGUUUUGGUAUUUCGCUUCGACGGCGAAUUUCUCGCUGAUUGCGACGUUUGGGGCCUUGCUGAUGGCGACGAGUCCCGGGAAGGAGGAGGCGAAAUUUUAUGCGUGUCGCUUGAAUGAGUUUCGCUGGACGUUGACGGUGAGUUGUAAGAAGGCGAAGUGGAUUUCGGGGGCGUUGGAGAAUUUGGGGGCGUUGAGGUUUCUGUUGAGGGGCGUGGAGGGGAGGCCUUCUUUGAUGAUGGGGGUUGAGGAGGGGGAUGGAGGAGGGGUGGUGGGUGGUACGUGUAAUGGGGUUGAGGGGGGUGGGAUGGAGGUUGAGGUUGAGGGGUGGGGUGAGGAGGAGCAGAUGAAUGGGAAUAUGCAUGGGGUGACCAUGAGUGUUUGAUUUAAUGAUGUUUAUGAUCACGGAUAGAAUUCUGGGAUAUGAUAGAUGAUAGAUGUUGGGAGGUUUGGAUGGACAGGACAUAGUAGGACAGGACAUAGUAGGACAGGACAUAGCCAGGAUACCACCGCAGCGGAGCAAGGCAUGCUUGCAUGCAUUUCUUUCGCCUCGAGUUAGGAGAGGAAUACAAAGAUAAUCAAUUCGUG